AUGAAUUUCAAGCUCUUUCUUCUCACCGCAGCCGUGGUUGUCCCUUCGCUAGGUCACGGCAUUAUCACUACGCCUCCCGUUCGAGCACCUGGCCCGGCUUCUCCGGCCGCGUGCGGAAGUGCUAUUACCAACAUACUCAAGGCCGACAAUCAGUCUGGCAUCGAGUCGCUGUACGGUGCUAGCGGUAGCGACCCCGAUUUUAAGGCGGCCUCAUGCAACCUCGUACUCUGCAAAGGACUAAAGCUGGAGGAUAACCUGGCCAAUGUGCAGCCUUACCACCCAGGCCAGGAGAUCAACAUCAAAGUAUGGACACGGAUCCCACACAAGGGAUGGGCAAGCGUAGCAGUCAUGGAUACUCGAACCAGUCCUGUGCCUUUGAUCAUAUGCGAGCCUCUUAUCAGUUUUGAGACCGAUUCUGCCACCGGGUUCUCGACGGCAUCAGCCCCAGUAGACAUGCACUUCAAUGUGACUUUACCAGGCAGUCUUGGUGGACGCUGUACUGAGCCAGGCAAUUGCGUACUGCAGUGGACGUGGUUUGGGAGAGUUGUACACUAG